ACCCGGGUGGCUGUUGGGAGGGGCCGGCGAGGAGGCGAGCAGCGGGCGAACUGCAGAAAGGCUCCCCGCGCGAGCGAGUGAGGAAUCAUGAUCCUUGCGGGCCACCGUCCCGGAAGUGGGCUCGGGAGAAAGAAGGUAGUUGGUCUGAUGGAGAUAAGUUUAUGAGGAAUUGAAGUGCGGAUUCACAGAACUUUUUGUGGCGUGUGUUGUCCCGGACAGACUCGAAGGUUUUAGUCACUUCACCUGAAGGAGUUAGCUUCUCUGCUGAGCCCAGUCUGUUUGCAGUGGAGCAGAAGGUGGCUCUGAAGACGCCUGAGAAAGCCCGUCUGCGCUCUGCCUCGGUGGCAACCUUAGUGAUAAGCUGAUGCCUUAGUGGCUUAUCAUGGCCCAGCGGGCAGUGUGGCUUAUAAGCCACGAACCAGGAACUCCACUUUGUGGCAUUGUCAAAUUCUCCAGACGGUAUCCAACUGUUGAAAAAAGAGCUAAAGUCUUCAAUGGAGCAAGUUAUGUGCCUGUUCCUGAAGAUGGUCCCUUCCUGAAAGCCCUGCUUUUUGAACUGAGAUUGUUGGAUGACGAGAAGGACUUUUUGGAGAGUCGUGAUAGCUGCUCACACAUCAAUAAAACAUCCAUUUAUGGACUCCCAGUAGGAAGUGAAGAACUCUGGCCAGUUGUUGCUUUUCUAAAGAAUGGCAUGAUAUAUGCUUGUGUUCCACUGGUUGAACAAAUGUUGUCCCCUCGUCCACCAUUAAUUAGCAUUAGUGGAAUUUCACAAGGCUUUGAACUUCUUUUUGGGGUACAGGAUUUUCUUUCCUCAGGUCAAAAAAAUGACACUGAGCUAAAUACCAAAUUGAGCCAGUUGUCUGACUUGCUUUUACAAACUUGUCCCUUUGGCACUUUGUUAGAUGCCAACUUACAGAAUUCGUUGGACAAUAUUAAUUUUGCUUCUGUUACUCACCCACAAAAACAGCCAGCCUGGAAAACUGGAACAUACAAAGGAAAACCACAAGUUUCUAUUUCUAUCACUGAAAAGGUAAACUCCAUGCAAUAUGAUAAACAAGAAAUAGCAGAUACAUGGCAGGUCGUUGGAGUUGUCACUUGCAAGUGUGAUCUAGAGGGAAGCAUGCCAAAUGUUACCAUUAGCUUGAGUCUCCCUACCAAUGGAUCUCCACUUCAGGAUAUUCUGGUUCAUCCUUGUGUGACGUCUCUUGACUCUGCCAUUCUGACUUCUAGUAGCAUUGAUGCAAUGGAUGAUUCUGCAUUUAGUGGACCGUACAAAUUUCCGCUCACUCCACCAUUAGAGUCAUUCAACUUAUGCUACUACACUUCCCAGGUCCCUGUUCCACCAAUUUUGGGUUUUUAUCAAGUGAAAGAGGAAGAAGUACAACUAAAGAUAGCAGUUAAUUUGAAACUUCAUGAAAGUGUGAAAAAUAGUUUUGAAUUCUGUGAAGCUCAUAUACCUUUUUACAACAGAGGUCCCAUCACACAUGUGGAAUACAAAGCUAGUUUUGGCCAGCUUGAAGUAUUUCGAGAGAAAAGCUUAUUGGUCUGGAUUAUUGGACAGAAGUUUCCCAAAUCAAUGGAAAUUAGUCUUUCUGGAACUAUAACUUUUGGAGCCAAGAACCAUGAAAAGCAGCCAUUUGACCAGAUUUGCAUUGGAGGUACAGCAUAUUUAAAGCUUCAUUUUAGGAUCUUAGAUUACACACUCACUGGAUGUUAUGUUGAUCAGCAUUCGGUUCAAGUUUUUGCAUCAGGGAAACCAAAAAUAAGUACACACCGGAAGCUAAUUUCUUCUGACUAUUACAUCUGGAAUUCUAAAGCUCCUGCUCCAGUAACAUAUGGAUCAUUAUUACUGUAAUUGUCUCAUGUUUAAAUGGGAUUUAUACACUAGUAACAAGUUAAAUCAUAGUCUUUUAUUUUUAAUGCAUAUGCACAUAACCUGUAAUUGAAAAUCAUUUACUUAAUUAUAAAUUUUUCUUGUUCAAUGUUUUUAGUCUGAUUUAGUUUGAAAGAACAUUUUAAAAACUAAUAUAUCCAGUUUUUUUUCCCCUUGAUUUUACUUAAGUAUGAUUCAGAGCAUAAAAUCUAGUGAUUCACUUUGAUCUCAUUUUAGACUAGUCUUGACUUUCCUUGCCAUAUGUGCUUCUUCCUGCCCCUGUGACAGACAUAGCUAAUCAAUCACAGCCCUCUUUCUCCAUUGGGCAUUCCUGGAUUUGGAAUCAGGCUCCUUCUCAGUACAGAGCUGCAGGCUGCCACUGCCAAUGAAUUGUAGAUGACGUGUAAGAUAAAAAAAAACUAUUUGCUCUUGCAAACCUGAGUACUAAGUGCUAGUACAAUGCUUUGUAACAGAAUACCAGAGAACACAUUAGAAACAACUGUAAAUCUCUUGAGAAAAUAGCCAAUGAAAAUGAAGGAAAAUCAUUUAAAUAGUAACCUGUUUUUAAUAAGAACUAUCCUACUGACUAAUAAAGAAUCUGCAUAAUUCUAUUUACAGUGCUUAUCUCUGUUCUGGAGUUACUUUUCAGGCAAACUUAUUAAGCUGCAACAGUAACAUCUUGUUUAGGAUGUCAGUAAGCAUAUUAAGAGGUGUGGGAUACCUUCUGAAGAUGAGCAUAGUGUUUUGUGAUUACUGAAUAUCUGCAGCCAAAUUUUUAAAGAUAAAUUUAGAUAUAGUACUGGUUUUUCUCUGUUUUAUUAUAAUUCAUUAAUGAAUGAAUUCAGGUUAAAAUUCAAAAGCUAUUUUAUGGGUGUAGAGUACCACUUAAUCUUAUUUCAGUUUCAUGUAGCACAUUGUCUUUACAUCUGUCACUCUUGUUUCCUUAUUGGCAUGCUCUGGGUUUCUUUAGGAACCAUCCAGUCAUACUCUAUCCUCUACCUGUUUUUACAAUUAUAUAUCACCUUCUGUUUUCAUAGUAGCUUAUUGUCAAGUUGGACUUUAAAGGAAAGAUGAAAUGCAAGAAAAGAUGAAAUCUCAAGAUCCUCAAAACUUACUCCAUGUCAAGUUUCUUUUUACAGAACAGAAGAGUUAUAAAAAAUAUGCAUCACAAAUUAAUCAGUUAAAUUGUAUCUUAGUUUCUUUUUUAUGAGUCUCUUAAGGAAAAGCUUAGAAAAAGCUGCAAACUUCGUGAAAGCUAUGAUACUUUGAAAUGAGAUUGCAUAUUAAUUUAGGGUUUGAAAUAUGAUUUUUAAAAUUAAGGUCAAAAAUAAAUAAAUAAAAUUGAGGUCAGUCCUACUCACUAUAAAUUCCUUUUCUGCAAAGCAUUAUGGCAUAAUGUUCUAUGUUCAGAAUUAUCCCAAGUAAUGAAAAUAGAGUAAAUUCCAGCCCAGGACUUUAGCUUGUUAUUCUAGGCUAAUCACAGAUAAUCAGUAGUGAAAAACUUUCCUUUUGAAAGAAGAAAUCAUUUCCCUUAAGUUUUUUUUAAUCUGUUAAACUCAAGCAAAGUUUAACAUUUCACUUAUAUUAAUGGAGCUAUUUGUACAUCUUGAUUGUAUAAAUGUUUAUCCAAGUAUAAAACAGGGAAGAGGCAUUUCUCUAGUGAGUGGGCUGAGAUUCCAUAUAAUAAACCACUAGGUAAAACUUUAUAAGCAAUUGGAAAAACCAGUGAAUCUUUGCUCUGACAUUUCUAGAAACCUGAGGAAAAUCUAAGAAGUACUGGAGAAGUAUAGGGACGAUGGGGAACCUGAUGCCAUCUGUUGCCAUUCCAUUCUAACAUACCGCUACAGAACUUAAACUAACUCAUGUUUUCAUCCUGUUGAGAUCAGCUGGGCACACUGUGAUGCUUUUGAUUUUGUCUAGAAACCUGUCACACUUCAGGAUAAUUUCUGAAGACAAAGUCUGUUUCCCGUUUGGUAGGUGACCUGUUUAAUGUUUUCUCUGUGUCUGGGAACUCCUUAGUGUAAUUAGCGACCUUUGAACUCCACAACUAAUCCUGAGCUAUUUUGUAUUCCUUACUCAUCUUUAAGGCUGGACCUUUCUUUUCUUCAGAGUCCGCUGCCACAAUUAAAGAAGAAACAGCUGCAUUUCAAAGGGAUUCCGAUUCCAGAAGCUUAAUCGUGAUUGACAUGUUCUUAUUCUAAGCUAUAAGACACUCUAAGAGUCCUUUCUUGGGUUAAAACUUCAAUCAUUUUCUAAAAAAUUAUCCCACUAUGGAUUUUAUUCAUUUUCUUUGAUAACUAUUCUUUGCAUUUUUUAACUUGAAAGAUGCUGUGCAUUUGCACUGAAUAUGAGCACCUACUUCCAGUUGAAGAUUUGGAUGGUGUCAGACCUACUCCAGAGGCAGAAUUGCUAAAUUCCCUUUUAGUGCCAAAAUAUGAUUAUGAAAUCUGAUGUCUAUCAUAUGGGUGAUUAUUCUUCAGUGGACCCAAAAUAUACAAAAAGUGUUAAAUUUCUGAAAAUGUACUCCAGAAAAGAUAGUUCAUGAUUUUGAUAAAACUCUUCAUUUCUUUAUUUUUUACAAACAGUAUUUUUUAAACUUUUUAAAGUCAGCAGUACCCUUACAGUGUAAGUUAGUCCCCUCACAGUGGUGGGCAAUUUUUACCAUUUACUUUUUAAAUAAUUAAUUCAAAUGUCAGGUUUGAAGUAAAUAACCUGCCAGGAAUUCUUAAAUUAUUUGUUUAAAAAAUUUUUAAUUAAUCAUUAGUCUUAUAAAGUUAAUUUAUUCACACUAACUCUAUUUCUAGUGAGUUAAAACUGUAGUUUUAUACAUCAUAUGGUUUAAGGUGUUUCAAAGCACAAUUUUAUACAUAGAACAACUGCUAGUAUUUUUCUUCUAGUUUUUAUUGUCGUAUUUCAGAAUUCUUUAUAGACAUUCAUGGACUCCUGCACCACCCCUGGGAGGUAGGUAGGUCGAGUUAUCAUCUAGAGUCUCUGCUGGGACAGCUGCCACAGCACAAUGGUUGUUUCUAAGACAAAGGUCAGAAAAGGGAUGUUAAUAAACAGUCCUCAGGUUUAAGGGACUUUUUUAGGAUUACAUCUUAAAUUCCAACAAAUCAGAUUUAGGAGUUACUGAAAGUGAAAUUGAUCCAUCCCUCAUCCAAACUUUGCAAUACUUUCCUGUUCUGACAUCAUUUAGAUAGUUAGCUGUAUUAUCAGAUUAGAAACCAUUGUACCAGCCUGCUGAAAGGAAAAGGAGGCAAAAAGCUAAACAUGGGAUGAAUUCUGAACCUUUUAACCUGGCUGAAGUACGUUGGUCCCUGUUAUGCAAAUACCUUCAAUCCUCUGCUAAGUUCAGUGGAAAUAAUUUUCUUGAAUGACAGGUUUAUUCAGCAAGGAUUCAGCUGGUGAUUAAUCCCCCUUUGAUCUAGGGUAUUUCACUUAACUACCAGUUACCUCGUUCUGACAAAGUGCAACUGAGAUUAGGGAGAUCACUAGAACACUACCAGGGUGUGCAUUUAUUCUCCAUAACCUUUUAAAGCAAGGGCCAAGAAUGCAAUUUAUUUUCAGUAUUUGAAGAUGUAAAAGUCCUGCCUGCUAAGUUAGAAAGUCAAUUGAAUACCAAAUGAAGUUUAUUUCUUACGUAAUAGAACAAACAUUUCUUUUUACUUUGCCCAACAAUGAUUUUAGGAAACUUAGGCUUUGAAGUAACAAAGACUACAUUCUAAGUAUAUCUUCUACUUUUGUUUCAUAUAUUAGAGUGUAUAUACAUCGGCCCUGCGAUAACCCAAAAAUCAAAGCUGCAGCUUAGGCUAAGAGAAGUGCUUCUAUUUUAUGAAACUGCACAGUUUCUCCCCAUCCGCCCCCAUUAAAAACUGUCAUGGAAUGUGGUAAAUCCAAUUGGGGAAAACACGUCACGAUACACAAUUACUCAUCUUAAGACUUCUGAUUUCAGAGCUUUAAUUAACUUCAUCCUUUCUUGAGGAAAAAGCUUAUGUUCCCAUCAUGAAUCAGAUCUUUUUCAUAAAGAAAGAUACCAUUACAAAAAUACUUCAAACUCAUUAUUUUAAAUUUAUCAAAAUAACUAUUUUCCACAGUAUUGCUUACUGUUUUACUAAUUUUUCUGCCUUGUUCUUGCUUAACUGGGUAUCCUUCUUCCAUAACUCUCACCUUUGAAAUAUUCUAUGAAAAUAUGUACAAUAUUUGAAGGAUAAACUUGUAAGAUGUUUCAUGCUAGAUUUCUCAAAAAAUUCACUUUGUAAAACUGUUACCAAUAUCGGUGUCAGUGUUUACCUUGCCAGAUGUCAAAUUUGGAGAUUUAUCUCUCGAGUAUAUUUUGAGAACCUUAAAAGUAGAAACAAUGAUGAAUAACAAAAUUUGUUUUUAAAUAGUAAAUUCUUAAUGACUAGUGUUAUUAUUAUAGACAAAGCUUUUUUAAACACUUUAUAGUUGUUCAUUAUUCUAGUAUCAAUUUGUAGGUUAUACAUUUGUAUAAUUUUCUUAUACAUCUUUUUGGCUCAGACUUUUAUAUUCCAAUUUCUAAAUAGAAACAGUGACUCAAAUAAAGGCAUAUCUAACUUACGCUGGUGCCAAAUGAGCAUCUCUAAUUUGAAUUUGAUAACUAAACUUUCUGAAUAUCUUUUAAUAGCAAGUUACUUAAUCAUGGUAAAACUGAGGAUCAUAAAAAAUAUAAGAUAGAAGGCAGGAUCCCUGACCAUGUUGCUAAGAAACUACAAUAGUAUUUUUAAUAAUUAUACAGUAAAUUUUUAGUUAACAUUGCAAUAUAUUUUGAAAUAUGCUAUCAGAGAAAGAAUAUAUAUAAAACAUAGAUGUUUAUGUGCAUGUGUUUAUAUAAUUAGAUGUUAGCGUGUCCAACUUGGAAGGUUUCCCUAUGAAAUAAUUCAUUAACGUGUCAGGAAGAAGAAUAUUCGAAGCCAAAUAUUCAAAUAUCUUCCAUCUCACCACACUUAGUAGUAAUGAAGAGAAGCAUAAAAUGAGUAUUGCCAAAGAACUCUUGAGGUUACUCUUAUAAAAUGGUUAAAACUAGUAUGAGUUGAAAGUUUCUCAACUAUUAUUAUCAACAGCUGUUUUAUGGAUAUGAUAACAUUAUUGUCCAUAAAUAGGUUGGAGCAGUGGAAUGCCUUACCUGUAUUACUAGUUUACUGCUUUGAAAGCAGAUUAUUCUGAGGUCCAGAUUGACUUCUCUCAGGCCUUGGCCAAUCUGUGUAAUUGAUGGCAGUGUAGUGUUUAAUAUUUGAUGCACAGCAUUUACAGAUGGACAGAUGUCCUGGAAUGGAAACCACCUGCUAAAUUGUUUUUCCAGUAGGACAUGUGAAAAUUUGUAUAUCUUAAUAUUCCAUUAAACAUUUAAAAUGAAGCUA